AUGAUAACAGCACCAUCCAUAUCGGCAUUGAGCGGGCCAACGAUAUCAGGGAACGUGGUGGGACUUGGAGGAGCCGGCAUUGUCAGCGGAUGGACAAGGGACGGAAUGGUCGCUGGCCGCGACAACGACAUCCACUGGACCGGCCAGACAAUACGGGAUAACGUGUCGAGACGCUACACCACUGCAACUAUUUCGCCUCCGGUGGUCGACCAUGCUCUGGGUGCAGGAGAAGCCGACGAGGAACUGCUUGAGGGGAGUGAGCUGGGCAGUCUAAUUCCCGUAUACAGCACCCCCAGCACGUUUCUUCGGCUUGGAAUCCCGACCUUGAGCGCCCGGUACUCUCUCUUUCUCGGUUUCUCACAGCUCCUGUGGCAAGCCACUGCUACUUGGAGCAUCUGUCACCGCAUUAGGGCGAUAGCGUGGCUGGCCGCCAAAGCCCCUUUCAUCAUCCUUGGGGACUUGUGGAUCAACGUGUACGCCUCGAUGAACUACGAUCCAUUCGCGAACCGAUGUUUCUCCCAUGCUUCUCCAACCGGGGGACUCACCAAGUUUCAAAUCUUGUUUUGGAACUGGACAAAAUGGCUCAGAUGCGAUGCGAAGCCGUGGCUGGUGUCAGUGUGGGAGGAUUUGAGGGGAAUCUCGGUGCAGGGAACAUCGUUCUUUAGCCGGAACACCAAAAAGAAGAGGAAGAAGUGGCGGAUUCCUGGGCCGACGUUGCAAGGGAUCGUGGCAGACACCAAGUCACAGCUCGAGCGGGAAGAGGAGGAAAAGGAAUUGGAAAGGCGUAGGAAAGAGCAGGAGACAGCUGCUGACAUUGGUAAUGGCGGAAGUCGUCGGAAAGGCGGCCGUGGAAACGGUGGGCGGUUCCGCAUGGAGCUCGGACCACCGGUUGAAGAAAGUCGAGCUGCCAAGAACCAUUGUCAAAACGAGGAAUCAGCGUGUGGAGGGUCUGAACCACCCAGCAGAGAGGCCGUUUCGAACAUGGUUCAGGGGAACACGCAGACCACCAAGCAGCGUCAUGUCAGUCCCGUAUCUGCAGAAACAGACAGGGACAGCGGUGUGUGGUACAUCCUGGGGUACCUGAGCGACUACCGCAGACUGGGCGAAGAUGCCUUUGCCUUUUCGUCUGAACAUUGGACGACGACCUCAUGAAUGCCCGCACUGCUAUUGUAUGGCCUAGUCAAGCGGCUGCAAGUUCAUGACCGAUGGUCAAG